AUGUCGAGUGCGCUAUGUAUGGAGCGCAAGCCUUUAAACUCUCUUACUCCUGUCGACCGGCUUUUCGGAUGUGCAUACACGCGUUGCCAGCUUGCUUUCCAUACAGAUAAAGCAAGUGAAUGUCCGACUUUUCUUCGAAGGGGGUUCGAACGCCUGUUGGCCCAGAUACCGUUCUUAUCUCAGGAGGUCGUUAUACCGGUGGGUUGUGAUAACCUCGACAGCGUCAAGAUCCAGCCGGCUAGUUCAUCCGAUCUUGAUCGGCUCCUGAGAAUUAAGGAACAUGGCCAGCCUAUGCGAGAAGCUUUAUUGGAGGCGAGCAAAGACAAGGCUACAUUUGAAGAGCGAUUCAUGCCGAUAGGAAUAGUACCGGAUAUAGCGCGGCCCUGUCCUAUACUGGUUAUCCAAGCUAAUUUGCAUCCGGACGGAGUGCUUCUAUCUGUCGCUGCAAACCACAUGGUCAUGGACGCCACCGGAAUGGGCAUGGCGAUAGUAUUGUUCGCGAAUUGCUGUCGUCAAGUGGAGGAAGGGAAGGACGUCGACAUGUCAUCAUAUGCUGCCGAGCAAGACCUGGGCAAAGAAAUGCUCUUGCAGCGCUUGCCAGCUAACAUCGGUGAAAGAGAAUUCCCAGAGUAUCGGGUACACAAGGACCUUUACGCCAAAUGGGGGAGAAUGACACAGGACGUACACAACGAUUCUUUCUCCAUCCGCACGAGGACCUUCAAUAUCGCAGCAACGGACGUCAACGCGCUAAAAGGGCGCUGCAAUGAGCUUCUCCCUCAUCUACUCGCUGAUGAGGGCCAGAGUGUUGGAGGGAGAAAAGCUCAUUAUGACGAGCCGUGGGUUUCCAGUAGUGACGUGGUUAUCGCUCUGAUCUGGUUGUCACUGAACCGUGCACGAUAUCCUGGGCUGGCAGAUGGUUGCAGCUCUCAUUCGAGGCCCCAGGCGGGACAACCCGAACAUGUGCACGCCGGAGUACCUGUCGACAUUCGUCCUCGCGUCGCACCUGCGCUUCCUACGUCGUAUCUAGGCAACGCAGCCAUCCUCAUGUUGGUCACCCAACCUCUUCAAACCUUUGCUUCACAUGAAUGGAUGACAACCCUCUGCCGUGUGGCGUAUGGUAUUCGCAGUGGGCUCAGCCGCAUGGACAACGAUUAUAUCCGGAGCCUUCUUCAUUAUGUUCAAAACGAAAGACUUCCCGUCAUCUUUUCAUUUGACGUGGCCGAUUUCUACGUGAGUAAUUGGCGGGGCAUGAAAUUCUACGACGCCGAUUUUGGAUCGAAGAUUGGGACACCACAGCAUGUUAGGAAUCCCGACUCCGCAACCGAUGGAGCUGUCUUCAUCAUGCCUAAACGCACCGAUUCAGAAUCAGCAUGGGAAGUUCAGGUAUCGUUCUCUGAUGAGGUACUUCAGCGGUUGGAGCAGGAUAGCAUUUGGGCCAAGUACAUGCAUCUGGAUUCUUACUGGCCAUAA